GUGCGGGGAUCACAUGAACGCACCAUCAGAUAGUGCGUGCACUGUGCUGACGAGCCGUUGCUUGUGGAAACAGCUGGUGGUUUCUGUCAGCGAACACCUCGGUUUGAAGGCAGCAUUAGCAGGAAAAAAAAGUUCAAAUUAGACUCGAAACUGCCUGAAUGCGCUUUGACUCGAGUCUCUGUUGCUGUUCCGCCAGACGCCGGGACAUGUCAUCCUGUGAACGCCACUUUAUCAGGCAGUUGUUAAUUAACGACCUAGCUUGUUAGCGGCAGACCUCUGACGCUCGACACAGCUACCUGCUAACGCCAGCUAGCUAACUUUGUACUCCCAUAGCAACUACCACGAUACAGGUUUUGUGUCAUCGCAGAAAAACUGCCAGCUGUCGGUUUCCUGACGGUUUAGGACGAGUUUUUUUGCUCAGUUUCACCAUGACUCACGUUCAUUAUAAAUUCUCCUCUAAACUCAGCUACGACACGGUGGUUUUUGACGGCCCGCACAUCACGCUGAGGGACCUGAAGAGGCAGAUCAUGCACAGGGAGAAGCUGAGAGCCGGGGACUGCGACCUGCAGAUCACAAACGCGCAGACCAAACAAGAGUACACAGACGAGGAAGGUCUCAUCCCCAAAGGCUCCUCUGUCAUCGUCCGGAGAAUCCCCAUCAUCGGAGGCAAGUCCAGCUCAAGCAACAAGACCCACAACAUUGAGCGUUCAGAUGCCCAGCUUCACCACACCUUUGGAACCAUCAAAGCAAUGGAUGACCAGACUUCUUCCAGUGCGUUGCCCUUUUUCUCCAAGAUGGCUAACCUGGCUGAUGCGGACGUGUCAGAGGAGGAUAAGAUCAAAGUUAUGCUAAAUCAGUCAACCUACGAUUCCAUGAAUUACAACAAGAAGUUUGGUACUGUUCUUCCUGCAAACUACACUUGUUAUCGCUGUGGAAAUACCGGACACCACAUCAGGAACUGUCCCACCAGCGGGCAGGAUAAAAAUUUUGAGGCCCCACUGAGAAUAAAGAAGAGCACAGGCAUCCCUCGUUCCUUCAUGGUUGAGGUGGAUGAUCCCAACAUAAAAGGAGCCAUGCUGACCAACUGUGGACGUUAUGCCAUUCCUGCCAUAGAUGCAGAGGCAUAUGCCAUUGGGAAGAAGGAGAAGCCUCCAUUUGUUCCACAGGAACAACCCAAGUUAGAAGCCGAGGAGGAUCCUGUACCUGACGAACUCCUGUGUCUGAUCUGUCAUGACCUGCUGAGUGAUGCCGUGGUCAUACCUUGCUGUGGAAACAGCUACUGUGAUGACUGUAUUCGCACCACCUUGCUGGAUUCAGAGGAACACGUCUGCCCCACUUGUAGCCAAUCAAAUGUCUCUCCUGAUACCCUGAUAGCCAAUAAAUUUCUUCGACAGGCUGUGAACAAUUUCAAGAAAGAGCGAGGCUUCACCAAAGGUCUGGCAAGAAGGUGUGGUACCUCCCAGUCCCAAAAUCCAACCCCGACACCGAGCCCAGUCCCCACACCGCCCCCACUUAUCUUGCAGAGCCAGCCUCAGAAGUCUUACCAGGCAACGUACAGCCAGCAGGACUCUCUCCUGCACCGCCCACAGGCUGCAGACACACCACCAUUAUAUGGAAAUCCUCCUGCGGCAACAGGCCCCGCCUCUGCUUGCAACACGCCUAGCACUUCCCUCCAGACUGAGCAAAUCUGCCUGGAGAUAUCUGACAAGAAGGCUGAAGGAGAGACAUAUGAUGACUCAGCUGCUGCCGCUGCUGCUGCUGCUCCUGCUCCUGCUCCUGCUCCUGCCGCUCCUGCUGCUCCUGCUGCUCCCGCUGCUGCUGCUGCUGCUGCUGCUGCUGCCCCUUCUGUACUGGUUUCAAACAAAGAGCCCAGUGCUCCUCCAUCACUGGUUAACCCCACAACAGUAGCAGAGCAGCCCCAGACAGUCACUGUGAAUCAACAGCAGUCCACCUUAGGUCCAGCACCAAGACACUCGGGGCCAUCAACCUGCUGGGGCAGCUCCUCUUCCUCCUCCGGUUGUCCCACUGGACGCUGGACUGAAUCCCAGCAGCUUACUUCCUCCUCUUCCUCGUCAUAUUCAGCUACCACUCCACCGCUCUUUCCCUCCCCCCUUUUUCACACAUACCUCCCAACUCAACAGUCUCACAGCAGUUACCCUCCUGGAUACCCACCUACCACGCCCAUCUGGACACUCCCAUGCCCCCAGGGUGCCCCCAUCCCUUCCCUCUGCUCCUCUGCCUCCACCUCCUCCAUCCCUGCCCUCAUCCCCAAGGAGUGGUACAGGCAUCAGAGAAAGAAGGAAAGGUCACCUCACAGAGGAUCCACCUACAGACGCUCCACUUCUCGCUCUAACUCAAAGUCUUCUAAGUCCAAGUCUUCUCGCUCCUACUCUCGCUCUUCAAGCAGGUCCAGAUCCCGUUCGCGAUCCAGAUCCCAAGGCAGAUCAAGACCCCGCUCACCUUACUACAGAGAUGUCCACACCCGCUCUCAUCCCUCCCACGCCUAUAGCUACGGCUACAAACGCUCACGCUCCCCUACACCGUCCUCAUCAUCUUCACCUCAAGUAGGUUACCAUUCCAGGUCCAAGUCGCCGUCAGAUCACCGGAAAAACCGCCACCACAGCCGCCAUCACACCAAGAAGUCCACUUCGAGCAGCUACAGCUCCAGGAGACGAGGAGAAUGCACAGGGAGGGAAGCGGGAGGCUCUGGGGUGAGUCUAGCUGGUUCCCUGUAUACCCAGCAUGCGACUCAAACAAGCAGUCUGGAGCUGGAUAACAGAGAGCGCUACCUGCAGUGGAAGGAGGAGUACAGAGAGUGGUGUGAGAAAUAUUUCAGCAGCUAUGUCGGCCACUUCCACCAGCUGCCUCUUCCCUUCCUCAAUCUCCCUCCUCCUCCUCAGUGGGAAGGAAGCAAAAAUCACUCACAUGCCAACUCGGACCCUCGUUACCAACACACUGCCCAGACGGAUGGCCACUCCCCUCAAUCGCAGUCGUCCAGUGACAGCCGCUCCCCUCCAUCUCAGUCUUCAAGUGACAGCCGCUCCACUCCAUCUCAGUUGUCUAGUGACAGCCGCUCCUCUCCGUCUAAUACGUCCACAGACAGUCGUUCCCCUCCCUCUCAGUCGUCCAGUGAUGGUCGCUCGACACCAUCCGAAGACAGAGCUCGGCCGAAGGCAUAUCAAAAACAGAUGGACAGUCACCUGCCGGUUAGACUUACGAAGAGCAGUAAGGAGGUGGACCUACAAGAAAGAAGUAAAGACGACAAACGGGUGAUCAUUAAAAAUUUGGACGACCUCAAUACCUCAAAAUAUGAGCAAAGGAGGAGGAAGAAACAUGAGGAAGGAAGAGGAGAGGACUCAUCAUCCCCUGAUAGCAGAAAGGAUGGGAGGGGGCACAACAUUGGACCACAUGCCUGCAAGGAUGGCACCUCAGUACGGGACAAAGCAACUGCCAACGAUACCAUAAAAUCAGCCCAACCUUCUAUGAAACCAGAUAAGUCUUUGGAUAAAGACUGUGAAAGAAAGAGCAGAGAACAAAGGAAUUUGGAACGAGAGAAAGAAUGGAGAAGAGGCAAAGAUUCAGACUCCAGGCAAGAUGUGGAGAGACGGUGUAAAAUAAGGCCCUGUAAAGAGGCAGACAGGGUGGUUUCAGACAGAUACAGAAACCCUGGUGGCAGCAAAGCUCCUGACAUUAGAUCGGAGAACAGAAAAAGAAAAGGAGAGAACCUGGAGAGAAAUGAAACCUACAAGAGCAAAUCCCCCAGUCAGUUUGAAAGAAAGAUGCAAAAAACAGAACAGAAAAUGGAGAGGAAAACAUGGCCUCUGACAAAGAGCAACAUUUGGGAAGGAGGAAUAACAGUGAAACCACAGAAGAAAAUAAGCAUCAAUAUCAACCUGGAUGGGAAAAGGAAGGAGGAGAAAACUGAAAAACAGGAGAGUAUGGAAGGAAAAUCAAAGGAAGAAAUUGAGAAGACUGGUGAUGGUGAAGUGGAGAAGUUAAACAGAGGAGACACUGAGGUUGAAGUUAAUGAGAAUAAGGAAUCUAGCAGAGAAGAGGAAGGCGUGUUUGAAGAAAAAAUAAAACCAGAUGAUGGAGAGGCAAGGCAGUUAUGGGAGAAAGCCACCUUCAGAGAUGACAAGAGAGAGAUGUGGGAGAAAAUUGCAGGAGAGAAAGAAGACAGAGAAAAGAAAGAGGACGGAGAAGAGAAGGACUUUGACUUAUGGCAUUGUGCCCUUAAAGGAGUGAAUGAGGAGAAGGAGUGUAAAAAACAGUGGGAGGAAGGAGACGGGAUGAAGGCCAGCAAAGGAGAAGAGGUGACAAGAGACGAGAGGAGGAACAUGACUGGAAAAGAGGAGGAAGAAGGGAGAGUAAGAAAAGAAAGUCAAGGGCAAGAGAUGGGAGAGUUGGUCCAGAUUUUCCAGAAGGAGAGUGCAGCGGGAGAAAGCACCUGCAAGGAAAACAGAGGAAACCUGCAGGGGGAGUUGAAGCCAAAGGAGGCGCUGAUGGAGGAUGCGAAGUGGAGGAUGAGGAAAGAAGAAGACACGAGCAGCAACAAGAGCCACCGUGACAGACCAAACUCCAACAUGGUGGAUGGCAGCGGCUGCGAGGAUUGUCAGGAGAGGACAACAGUGGUUAAAACUCUGGAGGAAUACACCGAGCACAGAGCCGCAGAGAAGGAGGAUCAUCUCGUACUCAUACAGGUCCCUCGCUCCAAAUGGGAGAAGGAAGAGUCUGAGGAGGAAGAGCAGAAGGAAGGAGAGAUUAAAAAUCAAGACCCUCUUCCUGUGGUUCUGCCUCCACCAUUUGUGACACCAACCAACAGGGAGACAGAGGGAGAGAAUGAACCAAAGAGACAGAGGUCAGUGGACAUAAAGAGAGACAGAGACCGAGUGAUGCAGAGAGGAAGGGACAGGGAGAAAGAGAAAAUCUCCACUCUGUCCAGUUCAGACAGAAGUGUGGCUCCCUCUAGUGGCAAAGACAGAACUGACAGCACCUUAUAUACAGACAGCCAGAGGGAGAGAAGGACAGGGAUGGAGAGGUGGAAGGACAAAGAGAGAGGGAGGGAGAGUGAGAGGCCGAGGGAUAGACAGAAAGAGAGAAGAAGAUCCAAAGAGAGGACAAAGGAGGAAGAGAGAGGGAGAGACAGGGGGAGAGAGGGGGGGUACAGCAGCAUUGCCUCGGUCCAAAAGAAGAAUCUCCCUUCCUCCAGUCACUUCUCUUACUCGACGUCACAGGACUUAGAGAGGAGAGACCGGCAGCGAGGAGGCGACCAGGACCACGAGAAGAGUUCCAACUCCUCACGUCCUGGCGGGAAACUCUCUGGCAGUGGAAGCAGGGAAAGAAGCUCGAUAAGUAGAGCUGCCGAACUGCCUGAUAAACAUGCACACAAAACGUAUAGAGAUACGUUACCGGACUCGAAACGUAAAGACAAAAACCAUCCCCACGACUACCAUAAUCACCGAGAUCCAUCAGGGAACUACAAACACCAAGACAGACCUGCAGGGACCCACCACUCCUCACCUUCCCUCCCCCAGAGCCAGGGUAAGGAGAGAGACCCACACCCCUCCGAGUCCUCCAGCCCUAAGCCCAGUAAGCCCAGAAUGAGCAGCCCUGGUCGAGAGUUAAUGCAGAACCAAAACAGAAAUGAGAGCGAGGAAGAGAAGGGGGAAUGGAAGAGAAACAGGGAUAAAGUGAUAAAAGAAAGCAAAGGGGAAAGAGAGACCGAAGAAAUGGAGGCUAAGAGAGAAGUAGGUAGUGAGUGGCAAGAUCAGGUUGAUGAACUGGCUGGAGAGACCAAGUGGGAGGGAGGUAGAGAGCUGGAGGAGGGAGAGAGGCCCAGCAGCCAAAGCCGCAGCAGCAGCGUCAGCUCAUCAGCAAGCCAGGAGAACAGCAAGGACGACAGGAGGAAAGAGAGAAAGAAGAAACACAAAAAGGAGAAGAGCCAAGCUACCCCAGAGCUGCUGGAGGAAGGGGAGCUAAAGAAACACAAACACAAGAAGAAGAAGUCAAAAAGAAACAAAGACGGGAGGGAGGAGGAGAGUGGAGGAGAGUUGGACGACAAGUGGAAAGAGGAAGAUGAACACGCUAAGCUCUGCUCAUUUAUGUUAUCUUGAUCGUCAUGGAGAAAAGUGAAAUAUACUUGAAUGAUGUUUUUCCUUUCUCUGUCCAAAAAGUGCCUGGAUUUAUUUUUUUGACUUGUUUUGUUUUCUCCAGGAUACUUUUUGUAUCAGCCUAAUAUCUCACAUAUUAAAAAUACGUCAUCUAAAAUGAAAGUGAACAAUUUAUAAAGGAAAAGCACUUUAUACUGAAUAUAAGAGAAUGAAUGUGAAUGAAAGCAAAAGUCGAACCUGUGACCUCUUGAAUUACUUUAAGUUCGAGGAAUUUGCACAUGCUCAUAACUUGCUCAGGACUGCCAGCAACUACGGUUCAUAUUUACUGAACCUGCAGUGUUUCAGCCUGCAUGAAGAAAAUCUUGAUAAGAGGUCAGUCAGUCAUUUGAUUUGCCUCACACAGGAGCACAUAGAGGAUUACUGAAAGAGUUUGUGAUUAAUUUAAAACAGAUACUGUGAAUAUUUAUGAUUUGAACCUCUGUGUUGUAUUUUGUUUUUCUUUUUAAUUUUGUAAAUGUUUAAUUUAAAAACUGUUAGAUCAAUUAAUAAUUUACCAGAGGAAAGUUUAGUUUUUCCUGUCUUGAAGGAAAUAAAAAGAAACAUCCAUAAAAUGUUGUGUUUUCUCUGUCUAGAUGACAUUCCUUAUAUUCUUAAUAAAUAGGUCAACAUUUUUAUUGUAUACAGUAAUGUUAUAUUUUAUGUCUGGCCAGUAGAGCGACUCAGUCGUGACAGCGGAAAGUCCAAGUGAAAGAAGGAAACUCUUGGGACUGAAUUCACAGCUUUUUGUCUGUGGCAUUUGUUUUUGUCUGCCAGCUAGCUACCCAUACUUUGGAAAUAUUAGGCUUUUCAAGAAAAAUGUGCAACAGUUUCUUGGGAUAACCAUUUUAUUGGACAACAAAAGUGGGAGCUCGACUGAGUUUUCACCUGACAGCAUUUUUAGCCACAGUAGCAGCUCCUUACACGCUAAAUUAA